CACGGCCUUGCUCAAAAUGAAGCUGUACGUUUUCCUAGCGCUCCUUUGCACAGCACUUGCGGCGACAAAUUUUGAGAAGCAAUGCGGACAGAAGCCCGUGGCCACAACUAUCAAACCAGGGACGCCGUGGUGGUGGUUCAACAAGGAGACUGGAAAAUGCGAAAGGUUCUAUUACGGAGGCAGUGCCGAUAAUGAGAACCAGUACCUGACGCAAGAGAAGUGCGAAGAGACAUGCUUAACAGGCGAAUCCGUGUGCCGGAAACCACCGCAUCCGGGUCCUUGCCUGGGCUCCUUCCAUCGGUUCUACUACGACCAGGAGACCAACUCUUGCCGUCCCUUCGUUUAUGGAGGAUGCCACAGCAACGGCAACAACUUCGAGUCGCCCGUGGACUGCAUGCGAUUCUGCGGGUACAAGAAGCCUGAAGUGUAUUAGAAAUCAGUUCCCUAAUAAUAUUUCUCCAUUAACGGUCAGUGCAUAGAAUCAGACCAGAAAAAAAAUGGUAGAGAAUUUAUCAAAGAAAAUCAGCAGGGGACACUGAAGAAGGCGUUGUGCGGUGUUUAUUAUGUAUCAUAUUCGAUUGUUUACUUGUGAUCUACGUGAUCCUGGAAUCAAUAAAUGUUUCCAAGCUUAUUGAAUAA